AUGGCCGGCCUCGUUUGUCCUGUGUGCGAGGGGGUCAACCUGCCGUCGCUCUGCUGUGACUGCGUGGAUCGCAUCCAGCACGUCCAACGGCAGCACCUGGAUCGUCUCAGGUACCACAGAAACCACCUGAAGAAUCUCCUGACAGCAGCGCUGGAGUGCCAGGUUGGUUUUCUGUGGGAGGGACGGCCGAGGGGAGGUGGGAAGCAUCAGUGGGAGGGGCGGCGGAGAGAGGUGGAAGAGCGAUGCGAGACGUUGCGGAAAGAAAAUGCGUUGAAACGAGCUCAAGUUUCAGAAGAUCGGAUGAGGUUGGGGCAGCUUCGCCUUCAGCUCAACUCAAAGCGGUCGCUUCUCGCACAUGCCAACGCCGUGCUGGCCAUGCGCAGAGCAGCAUUGUCUCACGCAGGAGCAGCAGCAAGGGCGGGUGGGGCACCCACAGGGUCACAGAUAGGAGGAGACGGUGGAGCGUUGGGAGUAGAUAACCAGCAGCUGUGCCUAAAGAGGCUUCGAGGCAUCUUCCCUUUCAAAAAGGUUCCCCUGUCACACAACCCAUCAGCAAACACCACAUUAGCCCCCACGCCUCCCCUUACCACCACCACCCCUGCCACUUCAGCUCUUCACAUGCCAUCCCAAUCUCCUCUCCACUCCUCCCCUCCUCCCAUCUCCUCCUCCUCCCCUCCCCGCUUCUCCUCCUCUCCUCCCCUCCCUGAUCCUGGAGAUUUCACUCUCUCUAUCUGCGGCCUCCGCCUGCCCUCCUCUGAUGCCCACAUCUCGUUAAUCCCUCCCUUGGAGCUCGCUGCUGCAAUAGGGGACGUGAUUUCCUUCUCUCUCACACCAUCUCACUCUCACUCGCUCGCCCAAUCUCCCUCCUCUCUCGAUUCCUCCUCUCACCCCCCCUCCUCCCCUCCCUUUUCCUCCAACCUCCCCUCCUCUCCCUCAACCUCCACACACUCCUCUGCCUCCACCCUUCCUGGAAGCUUCCUCUCCUCCUCUUUUGCCUGCAACUCUCUCUUUGGCUCGUGGGCUGGGAUACCACCUUCCCCGCUACAAGACGAAGCAGGCCACCCAAUAAAUUUCUCCCAUGCAUCAGCAGCCAAUCAGCAGUUGCCACCUGGCGAGAUCAAGCAGGUUCGGCGAGGUUUGCGGUUGCUUCGGAGAAGUGCUGCCUGCCUUGCUGCCGCCCACGCCGGCAGGUUUGGGAUCGCCAGGCCUGGAGAUGAGGCUCGGGGAGGAGGCGGUGCUGAGCUGGACGAGUUUGCUGAGCUGGCGAUGAUGAUGUCAGCUGCCACACAGGACACACGGUUACCCUUUUUACGCAACCAGGGCUUUGAUUCGUCCCCUGCACGGUCGCAGAAUACCCUGUAG